AUGGACAAACAGAUUACCUCGCAGACCAAAGACUCAUGGCGUCAGCGAUGGUUUUCGAAUGCCACCAAGAAGCGGGCUAGGGCAGAAUAUCAUGACGAUUUCGGGGCAUACCUGGCGGCCUUUAAACCGGAGCCAAAUGUUAAGCCGAGAACCCCAGACAAAGAAAUUCGAAGACAGCAGCGCGUGUUAGCCAGGGCUCCACAUAGAGCUUUGAGGGAAUCAUACUACGACACCGCGGAAGCCAUGAUGAAGGACCUGGUGACCAGCCUAUCAAGUGGUAGACCUACCUUAAGCGCCGCUGCUGACAUCGUCUUCGUGUGCAUUGACCUCGAAGGGGAUAUGCAAUGCGGCAUCAGUGAGCUUGGAGUCGCAACUCUGGAUACGAGAGACUUGUUCAAGUCUAUGAAAUCGGCAUCACAAUGCUCCAUCGAGACAAUGAAUUACAGACUGUCCAAAAGAAGCAACAGGAAGUUUAUGCAUGGCCAGACCACGGACCUUUCCGCCGACCUGUUGAAAUCGACCAUCCUGGACUCACUUGUGAUACAAGACGAUCAAAACCCAAGCCAAAAUCGAAAUAUCAUCCUAGUCGGCCACAGCGUCCGGAGCGAAUUAGCCUCCUUCGAUGGACUCGGUAUCCCCCUGGAAGAUUUGCCUUCCAAAAGCGUCCUCGACACAUAUGCACUCCGCCAGCAGAUCUUCGGCCACAGCGGGGCACUGCAUGAGAUUCUGGAGCACUUGCACGUGCCUCACGUCAAGACGCUACUACACUGUGCUGGAAAUGAUGCACAUCAUACUCUGCAAGCCUUAGCGGCUAUGCUGGCAAUUCAGCUUCGAGCGAGGACGGCCGAAUCGGGCUCUGGGUCGGUGCUCGCACAGCUUGAGGGACUCGCGAAGAAGCCUGUAAUUCUGCCGCUCGCUGCGGAGAAGAGAGAGCAGGAAGAUUGGGAAGAUUUUCUUGGGGAAGGGAGUGGUCUGGAUUGGGGAGAGGACGGAGACGUGGAUGGAUCGUGGUAUUGA